AUGAAUAUCCUAAGGCUCCCACGCAUAGGCAGCACCUUUAGCAGCAGCUUCAACAGCAGCACCGUUUUCAAGAGACGCUUCACCAAGUCACUCAUUCUUCCCCAGUUGAGUAAUGUCAAGUUGCCUCCACAACCAAGCCAGUUGGAGAUUUCCCGAUCGAGAUUCACCCCCGAGGAGUUGGAAUUGGCGAGAUUGACCAGAGAGGCGAAAUUGGGAUGGCUCAAGAAGAUGCCCACAAAGUGGAUCCCUUACUUGGAGUUGAUGAGGUUGGAGAAACCCGUGGGGACUUUGUUGCUCUUGAUUCCGUGUUACUGGGCAAUCACAAUGGCAUCGUAUUCUAUUGCUGCCCCCUUGACCACCACUGCCACUGCCAUUGGCUUAUUCUCCGCUGGCGCGUUGAUCAUGAGAGGAGCCGGGUGUACGAUAAACGAUAUUUGGGACAGAAAUCUCGACAACCAGGUCUCGAGAACAAUGGAGCGUCCAAUUACUAGUGGCAGGGUUUCCGUGCCGCAAGCUGUCGCGUGGUUGGGUGUGCAAUGCUUUGCUGGAUUGGCGGUGCUCUUGAGCUUGCCCGCGGAAUGUUUCUACUUGGGUGCACUCUCGUUGCCCUUUGUCUUUGCAUACCCUUUGUUCAAGCGAUUCACUUACUACCCGCAGGCGAUCUUGUCAAUUUGUUUCAGUUGGGGGUGCCUUCUCGGGUUCCCAGCCGUGGGAGCUCCCUUGAAUCUUUGGGUCGCGAUUCCGUUGUUCAUUUCCAAUUGGAUCUGGUGUGUCACGUAUGACACCAUAUACGCGCAUCAAGACAAGAAGUACGACAUCAAGGCCGGCAUCAAAUCCACAGCCUUGGCGUGGGGCGACAAGUCCAAAACGAUUAUGAAAGGAAUGACCAUCGCCCAGGCAGGGUUUUACGGGUUUGCUGGUGUUAUGAACUCAAUGGGUCCUGGUUUCUACAUUGCUGGUGCCUAUGCCAUUGCAAGAAUAUACAAGGAAAUCGUCAAAGUGGACUUGGACAAUGAAAAAAGCUGCUGGAAGGCAUUCACGUCUAAUAUACAAACGGGGUUCAUUUUCUGGUACGGCAUUUUAUUCGAUUACAUGUUACAGCUUUUAG